AUGCUGGCGCUUCUAGCGGGACUGCUAAAAGAAGCAUACCCUGGCAUCGAACUCGGCUCGGUGGACGGGUUUCAAGGUAGGGAGAAAGAGGCCGUGAUUGUCAGCACGGUCCGAAGCAAUGCAGAGCAUGAAGUUGGAUUUCUAGGCGAGAAGAGACGGCUCAAUGUCGCGAUGACACGGCCGAAGCGACACCUUUGUGUGAUCGGAGACUCUGAUACCAUCAGCAGGGGCAGCCAGUUCCUGAAGGCGUGGAUGGACUUUCUCGAGGAGCAGGCUGAUUUGAGGUACCCAAAUCUGGCAGAUGUUAAGCUGCAUGGUCGACGGUAG